AUGAACAACUAUCAAAUUUACGACGAGUUGGGCAAGGGCCGUUUCAGCAGCGUGUACAAGGGUCGUCGGAAAAAAACUCUCGAGUACCAUGCAAUCUCGUCCAUUGACAAGUCCCGGCGGCAACGCGUAUUCACAAACGUGCGUUUUCUGCGCUCCGCGGACCACCGACGCAUGGUCAAGUUUCACAACUGGUACGAGACAAACAAUCACCUGUGGGUAAUCACGGAGUUGUGCGCUGGUGGGGACAUGCGGCAGGUGCUGAACCUUCGCAGCCGACUCUCUGGGCGGGCAGUGCAGAUGUUUGGCACAGACAUCGCGGAGGGCCUCUUGUACAUUCACUCCCGUGGUGUCGUUUACGGCGAUCUAAAACCGUCAAAUAUUCUGAUGGACUCCACCAUGGCAAUGCGGUUUUACGACUUUGGGCUGUCGUGCGACUUCAACGCCGUACGUGGCGAGGGAACUGUGGGCACCCCGCUCUACAUGGCACCGGAGCUGUUUACAAAGGAGGGUGUCCCAUCUAUGGCCUCCGAUCUUUGGGCGUUGGGCUGCCUAUUGUAUGAGUUUGGCACCGGUAGGCCUCCGUUUGACGGCACGGACCUUGCCUCCCUCAUCGCGAACGUCAUGACGGAGCCCUUUCGCCGCCACGAGGCUCUCUCGGAGGAACUCAAUACCUUGUUGGAGUCGCUUCUGGUAAAGGACCCGCUACAACGCUCGACGUGGGGCGAACUUGUGACACAUGACUUCUGGCAGGGAAGGCUGCAGCUCCCCACGACUGCGUUUCCUCCCCAGCCCGCCUUUGAGAACUGGAAGCACCGCAGAGCAGCUGCAGGUGCAAGUGGUGGCUGGCCGAUGUCCGAAGAAGAGGUUAAGAGGCACGUAGAGUGGGCCGUAGAGAAUGCCAAGCGAAACUACACCAUUGCACAGUUUGCCAGUGAAGGGGGCCCCUCAAAGUGUCCCUCGAUAACGGAGGAAGUGGACUUGCAGGAUCACAGCGCAGCCAAUGACGCAGCGACCGAGGGCGGUGCCGCCGCCUCCCGCAUGGAUUCUCAGGCCGACGAACGACAGACGACGGCUGGGUCAACCGGCGUUGCUGUCAACGCCGCACACACCCAGUUUGCCCGCGAAAAGGAAGAUGCCCAUAAUGAAAGUGGCUAUGUGGCAAAUGAUGGCCCUACCGCCGCCGCGCGUGGCAACAACGACGCCAUCGACGCCAGCAACUUUGCGAGAGUCACUGUGGCUGUGGAAGAGCUAGAAAACAUGCACUUGGAGGAGUUAAUGAUGCACGCCUCCGACGCCCACAUUCGUCCCCUCGUGAUGAACAACCGCAUUGAACGGUUUGUUGAGCAAAAGUACGACCCCGGCACACUGGGGUUCAAUCCCCCUACGAAGUCGGAGCUAAAACACUCCAAUGAACAGCAGCAAUCCGACUUCAUUAAGAUGAUCUAUCGCACUCUUUCUUCCUCCUCGCUUGGCUACGAGGAGAAGUUAAAUGUGCUGUGCUAUUUUGAGACGGUCUGCAUGGAUGCACCGGUUGCGAAUUUCAUUGUGAAUAGCUCCAUCAUGAUGCUUUGCCUUAAGAUGGUUUCGCAGCGAAAGGCGCCGUCGAACUACCGCGCCACGGCCGCCUCAAUUAUGGGUAUCCUUGUGCGUCACGCCACCUUCAUCCACGCCGACCUCGCCAAGGCGAAUAUUCUCGCCUCCAUAAUUGAGGUCUACGGCGUGGAGGACAGCCCCCGGGUGAAGCGUAAACUUGCGGCGUGUCUGGGGGAGCUCCUCAUUUACAUUGCCGUGCAACGGGAGCGCGAUCGAAGUGUUUGGGGACUCAACGCCGCCGCCACGCUCAACCUCUACUUGUCCGUAUUGGGGGAGGCAGACGACGUAUUGCGGCACUACGCGGUGAAGGCCAUUGAGAAUUUGGCGUCGGUGAGUGAUCAAAGCGUAGCCCUUAACGUCUUUGCGAAGCCUGAAGUGGUGACGGCGUUGUUGUCUGUUUAUGCGCUUCCGCCCGCAUCUGGUCGCAGCGAACACAUGCGAUCAAGUGCGGCGUGCGCGGCACUCAAGCUGGCCGCACUGAAGGAGGAUCUUAUACCGGUGGUGCUGGAGUCGCCACAUUUGAAGCUGCGGUCGUACGGUGGGGUUCUCGCGGAGGUGACGGCGCCGAAAACGGCGCAGGCGUUGUUGACGUUCAUUAACAUGGCAAUUGCGAAGGGGCUUGCGGCAGUACGGAACCCCAUUGUAGAGCACUGGGGAAGGGAGGCGACAAAUACCUUUUCCGGCACCCGCCUUUCGCGAGAACAAGGAAAGGACAUCAUCGAACGUAUUAGCAGUGUCGCGGGGGCGGUGGUGGGCGGGCUGUGCGAGGGGUGCGACCAUGCCUCUGUCGCCGUCAAGGGCAAGAUGCUGUUGCACAUUGUCCUGCUCGGGUGCAUGAAUGAGAAACUGUUGCUGAGACUCUCUUCCAGUAAACUUAUCGGCUGCAUUGACGGCGUUGUGCGGGACAAGGAUUCCUAUGUGCAGCGGUGUGCGGCAGGCCUGACGCGUUACUUGGGGGCAUUUUUAGAGGCAAACUUGGCGGCCAUGGCGGAGGGGGCCUCGCCUGCUGCCGCCGUCGCCACUUUGAAUGCGGCAUGCAACGUCUUGACUGCCCGAAAUCUUGGCAUGAUGGUGGAGUUGCGUGAGAGUGUCUUUGCAAGCCUGGGUGCAUGCCUGGAAAAGGCAAUGUCGUCACCACGCUAUGCCGCCUAUGAAGAGGAAUUGAACAAAGUAGUAGGCCUCCUCACACAGAGCAGUGAGCGUAUCCUGAUGCAUCGUCGUGCUGUGGUGAAUGAGCUUUUUCCGCUCUACGUGCGUAUGCUGGGCGGCCCUGACGUGGAGCGUCGCUUCUCGGCGCUGCAUACGCUAAGUGCGCUUGUUGCCCCCCUUGUUGACUCAUCGGGUCUGGUGCGCGAGGAGCAAAUUGUGGAGGCGGAGAAGUUGGACCAGUUGUUGCGGACCGUCGCUUCCUCGCUUCCGGCGUUGCUGAAGGAAAACGAACCUAUUCCCAUUCUCGCCCUGCGUCUGGUUGCAACAUGUGGCGAGCGGCGGUCGAAGGCGUUUGCCAGCAUUGCCACAGUGGAAUUAGUAGAAGACCUGGUGCGUUAUAUGCUGCGAUCCAAGCAAAGCGAUCUUUCCGUGCCACUGCAGCUGCUCCUGUUGCUGGCGGUGCAGGCAGAGAAGACGGCGGAGAUCAUGGAUUGUUUGGCGACACAGGAGUUCUUCACGGCUGUCCUUUUGAAGACGCUAACGAUGGCGGUGACGAAGGAUCUCGACUACCUCCUGGAGCCAUGCUGCGAGCUCUCCGCCUUUCUGCUAAAGCAUGCCAUGAACCACACAAACACCCGUUUUGCACAGCAGUGCCUCCUCCUCCUCCCGCAGCAAGCAAUGGAGACCUUGUGGUUGCCACUUUGCGCCUCGCCGGUGCCCUCAGCUGCGGAAAAUGCCGCUGCAUGUGUGUGCCACUUCGUUCAUCUGACACCGGCGGCCCAGCACGACCUCCUAUCGACGGAGAGUGUGACCCGCGUGCGGGAAAUGAUCUCCGACCCGCGUGGCAACCCCACCGUCGUGUUGUUUGUGCUUCGUGCGCUGCGAUACUCCUGUGAGCACAGCCGCAAGCGGGACGUGCAGUGGCUCUCAGAGUGGCUCACAGCGGCGCUGAAGGCCAUUGCACGCGAAGGGGACAACAACAGGGAGUUGUCUGCGGAGGCCACAGCCAUUAUGGCGCUCACUGGCGCCUAG